GAGAGGCACUGAGGAGGGAACGCACACACAUAUACACUCCUUCUGACACACACACUCCUGAGCCAGAGACACACUUGGACACACACAAAUACUGACACUCACACAAAGACAAGUACCCUAUUGUACACACGCAUACUCACAAACACACACACAGACACACACACACACACACACACACACACACGCGCGCACGUACAGAUAAACAGUUGUUGAGAACAGCGCACAGUUUGGACGUACGUUUGAGGAUACAUCUCUGAGGACAACGUUCCCCAUAAUGCACCAGCGGAGCCAUCCGGAGCACCUGGAGGGCCCCACCCCAGGGACCCAGAUCUCCGGGAAGACCCAGGAUUGUAGGCGGGAGUCGACGGUGUACUGCUGCGCCAUGGGCAGAGCUCCUCUGUGGGCUUGGCUGCUGCUGGGCGCCCUGGUGCUUCCUGGAGCCUGGAGUUUUCUGAAUGAGGAGCAGGAAGAGCUGCUGGUGGAGCUUCAUAACUAUUACAGAGGACAGGUUUCUCCCAGCGCCUCUGCCAUGAUGCCUCUGAAGUGGGACCCCAGCUUGAAGCUGAUCGCUGAAGGUUAUGCGGCUAACUGCAUCUGGAACCACAACCCUGACCUGGAGGACACCGGGGAAAACCUGUUCGCUGGAACUGGCCCCCUCGACCUCCGACUGGCUGUGGAGAAGUGGUUCCUGGAACACCUGGACUACAACUUCGACAACAACUCCUGCGAUGAGGACAAGAUGUGCGGACACUACACACAGAUGGUGUGGGCAGACACACACAGAGUGGGCUGUGCCUUCCAUCUCUGUAACAGUAUGGAAGGUUUGGACUGGGAGAGAGUUUCCUUCCUAGUCUGCAACUAUUACCCAGCGGGGAACUAUGAGGAUGUACGGCCCUAUGUGGAAGGCGACUGGUGCUCACAAUGUCCUGACAAUCUGCAGAAGUGUGAGAACAACCUGUGUGUCGCGGAUACUGAGGAGGAGGAUGGAGAACCAGAGGAGGAGGAGGAGGAGGAGGAGGAGGGGACACCUGGGCCCUCCACACAGACUCCUCACUUCAUUUCUAUUGAUGUAGAUGUACAAACAGUCCAGCCUGACAACACUCCCAGUGCCUCCCCCAGUGAGCCUGAGGCAGUGUCUGAUGACACACCCCCACCAGGCACCGAUGGUCCUGAGGAGCCCUCACUGACUGAGGAAGCAGAAGAGGAGGUGAAGGUGGAGGUGGAGGUUGAUGUAAAGAAAGAGAAAGAGGACCAGAAAAUAGAGCGUCCAGGAAACAAGCCCGUGGAGACAACAAGAAACAUUCCUCCAAAAAUCCAGCGAACUGUUCCAGCUGCAGCUUCUGCAGUUUCAGUAUUUCUACACUCAAUAUUGGUAGUCUGUGUGACUGCUGCUCUCACCACCUGGCUGUGAGGCGAGGACAAGGAGCAGGAGCAAGAGGAGCUGCAGGAGGAGGCGAAGAAGAGCAGGAGGAUGAGGAGUAGAAGCAGGAGGAGGUUGGGGGGGGGGCUCCUCCUCUCCUCUCUUGCAAUGACAGCAACUUGUUGAUCUGCUCGGUAACAUCAACAUCUAAUACAAUCUGCUUCUGUCUGCAGACACACAACUGACACCCUUUUCUUUCUCAGUCUGUCUCCCUCACUCUGCUGCCCCUCUUCCUCCACCCUGGAAUCAGCAUAACAACCAUUGUCAGCCGCUGAUUGUCUAAUAUCCCUCCAUGGGAACAUUUCUGAUUGGCUGAUUUUGUCUGGAGAACAAAUAAGACACCCGACAGAAAAAACUGGAAUGAAGAGCUUUUUCUUCUUGACGUUAUCAUAAAAUCCUUACAAGUAAAAGCUGUCUAACAGUGUGGGACAGUUCUUGAACAUUUACAACAGCUAACAUGAACAGUUACACA